UAUUGAUGAAGCGUUAAAAAGUGAAAAUAAAUACAGAGAUAAAGGAAAUGGUUAGUUCAGGGACUUCUACUCCUGAUGGGUAGAAUAUUUAGAAAUAAGCAAAUAUUAAGCAUUUGAGGAAACAUGCUUUUGUAAAUAGAGUGUCUCUUUUGGAUGAUAUGGAUAAGGAUUCUGAGUUGAAUAGAACGAAGUUUGUUGGCUUUUACAACAUGCUUUAUGUAGUGGCAUUCUAUUAUUUCAUUAUCAAUCCAAUAAUGUCUUAUUAUAAGACAGGAUAAUUAAUAGAAACAUCAUUAUAUAAUUAAAUGAGAAGAGAUUUAUUCAUGUGCAUUGUUACAUGGCCUUUAGUAUGAAUAAUAAUUUAUUUAUUUAAGUUUUAUGCUUGGAGUCAUAUUGCAUUGUUAAUUCAAUAUUUAGCUAUGAUGAAUAUGCCUAAAAUGUUAAUAUUUAUCACAUAACAUUUCAGUUAAGUGUGCAUGUUUGUUUAUGCUCAUUACUUAGUAUUGACAAGAGAUUGGUAUCUUCCUUAAGGUGCAUUUGUAACAUUUUAAUCCUGUGUUUUCUUCUUUAAAAUGCACUCUUACACUAUGACUAAUUAUAAAAUGAGAAGAGAAUGGAUAGAUUAAGGAUGUCCUAAGAGUAAUGAUCCUUUUACUUAUCCUAAUAAUAUCAAUUUGAGGAAUUUCACAAAAUUUAUAAUGACUCCUGUUUUAGUAUAUGAACCACAAUAUCCAUAAUCAAGUUAAAUUCGCUGGAAAUAUGUUAUUGUUAAAUUCAUGAAUACUAUGGCUAUGCUUAUGAUGGGAUAUAUGAUUGUUUCUAAUCACAUAUAUCCAACUAUAUAGAAUAUCAAUUAGCAUUCUUUAGUUGAUUCAAUCUUUUAAAUGACUUUACCUCUUAUUUUUUUAUGUUUGACAUUAUUCAAUAUGGUAUUUGAAAAUUAUUGUAAUUUUUGGGCUGAAAUUACACAUUUUGGUGAUCGUCUAUUCUAUACAGAUUGGUGGAAUUCCACUGACUUUGAAGAAUUCAAUAGAAAUUGGAAUAGACCAGUCUAUGAAUUUCUUUAUAGACAUGUUUAUUUAGAAUUAAUUUUUGAAUUUGGUAUUGGAGUUAAAAAGGCUUAAUUAGCAACAUUUCUAUUUUCAGCAUUAUUACAUGAAUACACUUUAGCAGUCAGUUUAAAAUAAAUAACUCCUAUCAUGAUUAUGUUCAUGAUGAUAUAAUUGCCUGUUAUGGUCUGGACUAAGAGAAUUAAAGGAACUAAAUUUGGAAACCUUUUCUUUUGGUUUGGUAUCAUCUAAGGAUUACCCCUUAUUUUAAAUCUUUAUCUAAGAUUUGAUGAAUUACCAAAACUAUUGUUACCAUGAGUAUAUAAUUUGUAAAAUAC